AUGUUGCCCGGCAUCUCCACCCCCUGGACCAUCUACCUCCAAUCACCCAGCUCCUGGUACACCAUCUCAUUCCACCAGCAAGCGAUUCUCGAAUCACGACUCUCCUCCUCCUCCAUCUCGAAAUUCUCCCGACGCGAACUCUACGAUUUUCAACUCCGGAAACUGGAUAUCCCGCCGGAGAUCUAUGAGCACUGUCCCGAUUCAGAUGAUGGAGAAGCAAAGGUGACGAGGAGAGUAAAGGAAUUUGGGGUCGUGAGGGAAAGUAUUCGGAUGAGGAGAUUGUUGAGGGAGUUUGGGGAGUGGGUGAAGGGGGGAAGUUCCGUCCCCACUUCGCCGCUAGUAUCAAUCAUUCUGAAUACAUUUCUCAAUCAACCCGCGAUCCCAUGCGAAUGGUGGGAGGAAAACAUCACCAUUCUGGAAGAUGGAGUUUUGUGGCGGGAACAUGUGGAUUUGUAUGAGAGUUCAAAGGAGAAGGGUGAUCCGCACUUCACACCCUCCACCUUUCUCGCCCAAAUCUUCCAGACAAUGAAUACGAGUAUUCCGCCCUCCAAAAAGCGAGGUAACAAGAACAUACCCCCCAACACCAACACCAACACCGACAACCCCUCCCCCAUCAACAUCCCCGAGCUCUACGAGCGCGGCCGCCAAGAUCUCGCGCGUUCAAAACGUCACAUGUAUUGUUUGAGAGAAUUAGCAUUAUCCUCCUCCUCAACCCCCCACCCCCAAGAUGUCACUCCCUCCCCACAAAAACCAGAACCGAACUCAGUACCAGAAUUCUCAGAAGCCCAAACAAAAAGUAUAAAACCCUCAGAGACUCCUCCUAGUCCUAGAGAAGAACUAACCACGAAAGUUUUGAACUCCGAUCGCAAUCCCGCGGUCCUCCCCAUUCUAGGUUGAGAUCCAAUUCCACCUCCACAUCCCCACCCGAAAUAAAAAGAACCCUUCCACACCCCCCCCCCCAUCCCUCUCCUCUUCCCAACAAUCUCCGCCCCAAACUCCACUCCACUCCACUCUCCCCGUACUCAUUCCGUGCCUCCUCCCCCUCCACCCUCACGAUCAAGCACCUCCAAUCCCAAUCCCAAUCCCAAUCUAACCACCAAUCUCAAACAACGCCAGAACUCUCUAGAGAGAAGUGAAUCCAAACUCAACCCCAACCCCCACCCCAAAUCCACCCCUACCUCUAAAUCUAAACACUCUCGCGAUGCUUCAAACGCGCACCGCCAAACGCGGGAUCUAUUCAAUGAACCGUUAGCUUCGUAUGCGGGCUGAUGGAAGAAUGGAAAAAGGGAAAAGGGACGUGGAUGAAUGGAGGAAUUUGUAUAUCUAGGUAUUGAUCGUUAAUGAUUUGUUCUAAUAAAACCCCGUAAUGUGAAAAAUAAAAAUAAAAAUAAUAACAAUUGGAUCU